AUGUCCGAAACAAUCCAAUUGGCCGGCCAAGAGCCGAUUGAUUUCGCCAGCAUGCCCUGGCCGGAGCUCUUGCGCCGCUUCUCAGAGGCGCGAUUCAAGGUCUUGCAAAGCCAAGACGGCGUAAACGAAGAUGAGGAAGAUGAGGGCCAGCAGGACGAGUGUCCAGAGAAGGCUUCCGAUCUUCUGCUACCUCCUCUAACAGCCGCCGAAAUUGCCAUUGCCGAAGCAAAGUUGGGCCCUAUCCCGCAGGACCUCAAGGACAUGUCGCUAGUUGCGCGCGGAUUCAAGGGCGGUUGGCAUUUUGCUGGUGGUGGAUUUCCGGGGCUCCAAGACCUAUUUGAGGGUGACUUUGACGCCGGAACGGAGUACUUGGAGGGUCUGUAUGAUGAAGACGAAGGCGCUGGUAGUGAUGACAACAACGAGGGUGACGAGGGUGAAGACGAAGACGACAAAGACGAAACUGAUACCGCGGAGGCCGGCGAUAAAGGCGAGAACGACGCCGAGAACGACAACGAAAAGCCAGAGACGGUGCGCGCAGGAGUCAAGAGAAAGCUGGAAUACCCCAGCUGCUGGGGCUACCAAGGCACCGUGGAGAACGACGAUGUCGAACACUUCAUCUGCCCACCAGUCACCUGGGCCAAAUUUCGCAAGAGUCAAGGCAAGCCCAAGCCCAAAGCCGGCGAGUAUGGCAUCUGGUGCGGAUCGCAUUGGUCAAUAGAGCCGCUUGAUGGACUGAGCCUGAGCAUGAGAGGAUAUAUUAUCCGCUUACUCAAGGAGACGGAGGAAGUCUUGGCUACUCGCGCCGCUCGUGCUGGCAAAACUGAUGAAGAGGGGAAUGACAAAGGUGAAGGGGCGGGAGAGGAGGAUGAAGAGAACGAAGGUGACGACGACAAAAAAGAGAUCGAUGACGAUGACGAUGCAGAAAAAGAGGUCGAAGAGUAA